AUGCGCGCACUUUUCGACCAGGCCGUUCAGAAUCCUGACCAAGAGUGCUUGGACAGAGAAACUUCGAUUAGUUCAGACCAAGAAGAGACGGAGCAGGAAGACUUCAGCGAGGAGAACCACAACAUCCAAUAUGUCAAGAAUGGUCAGCACAGGCAGACGCUUGAUCUUUACCUUCCUCCGUUGAACGGCCGCAGGAGCGAGCUCACGCCUGUGGUCAUCUACAUCCGGUACGACAUUUGCAUGCCAGACAACCCUGGCGCCCUCCGUGAUUUCGUCCAGAGCGUUGGAGAGUAUGCCCUCGCAUUUGUCGAUUACCGAGACGACGAUUUGCCCGCCGCUGUGUACGACUGCGAAGCCGCUAUCCGUUGGCUCCGAGCUCAUGCCGCACACUACAAGCUCGACCCAGAUUGUUUCAUUGUUUGGGGAAAAUGUGACGCCGGUCUGCUGGCUGCCAUCCUGAGCACUACAGCACACCUCCGUGUGUUCGAUGUUGGAGACCACCUCAAUACGUCUAGUGCAGUGCAAGGCGUCAUGGCCUACGCUGGCCCCUACGAUAUCGAGAAGUUGUAUGGCCGCCGCCUGCCACAAAGCCAGCUACAUCCUCUGGAGAUCACAAAUGGCGCCUCUAUCUCCGCUCUAACAUCCCAAACGCCGCCCUUUUUGAUUGCGCAUGGCACCGAUGAUGACGUGAUACCGCUGCACCAUAGCCAGCUGUUAGCUCGAGCUCUAUUGCGGGCCGCGGUUCCCGUCGUAUGGCAUUCUGUGCAUCGAGCCUUGCACAUGUUUGAAUCCAUCACUUCUCCACAACGGCGGGCUCUCGAGCACUCAACCAGAGCUUUCAUUCACGACAUCUCUGCACGUCAGAGACCACGUGAGUCUCUCAUAUGA